AUGGAGGGAGAGAGGGAUGAGAGCGCUUUUCAAGUGAGUCCUGGCAGAGUAUCUGACGCAGUAAUGGAGGCAUCAAAGACAGGCGCUGUGCAAACCCUGGAGAACAACCUCACCAACCUGGUGAAGAGAAACAGUGAGCUGGAGAACCAGAUGGCCAAACUCAUCCAGAUCUGUCAACAGGUUGAGGUGAACACAGCGAUGCACGAGGCCAAGCUAGUGGAGGAGUGUGAUGAGCUUGUAGAGAUCAUACGCCAGAGGAAACAGAUCAUCGCUGUCAAGAUCAAGGAGUCCAAGGUGAUGAAGCUGCGUAAACUGGCCCAGCAGAUGGCUAACUGCCGACAGUGUCUAGAGCGCUCCAGAGCCCUCAUCACUCAGGCAGAACACAGCCUGAAGGAGAACGACCACGCUCGCUUCCUACAGACCGCCAGGAACGUGGCUGAGAGGGUUGCCAUGGCCACAGCCUCCUCCCAGGUGCUGAUACCAGAUGUGAACCUGAACGAAGCCUUUGAUAACUUUGCUCUGGACUUUUCCAGAGAGAAGAAGAUCCUGGAGGGACUGGACUACCUGACAGCUCCCAGUCCUCCCUCCAUACGUGAUGAGCUGUGUACCGCCUCCCACGACACCAUCACUGUUCACUGGACGUCUGAGGACGAGUUCAGCGUCACCUCCUACGAACUGCAGUACACCAUCUACACCGGACAGACCAACUUCAUCAGUCUCUAUAACAGUGUGGACAGUUGGAUGAUUGUCCCCAACAUCAAGCAGAACCACUACACGGUGCACGGCCUGCAGAGUGGAACACGUUAUGUCUUCUUUGUCAAGGCCAUCAACCAGGCAGGCAGCCGCAACAGCGACCCAGCCCGCCUCAAAACCAACAGUCAGCCUUUUAAGCUUGACCCGAAGACGGCCCACAAGAAGCUGCGUCUGUCCAACGACUGCCUGACCAUGGAGAAAGACGAGAGCUCCCUGAAGAAGAGCCACACGCCAGAACGCUUCAGCAGCACGGGGUCGUACGGAGCAGCAGGAAACGUCUUCAUCGACAGCGGCUGUCACUACUGGGAGGUGUUGCUGGGCGCCUCCACCUGGUACGCUGUGGGCGUGGCUUACAAGUCAGCCCCUAAGAACGAGUGGAGUGGUAAGAACUCCUCCUCCUGGGUGUUCUCCCGCUGUAACAACAACUUCAUGGUGCGUCACAAUGGCAAGGAGAUGCUGGUGGAGGCCAGCCACCAGCUCCGACGUCUGGGAGUCCUUCUGGACUACGACAACAACUCCCUGUCUUUCUACGACGCCAUGAACUCCCAACACCUGCACACCUUCGAGGUCAGCUUCCUGCUCCCCGUGGCGCCCACCUUCAUGAUCUGGAACAAGUCAGUGAUGAUCCUGUCGGGGCUUCCGGUGCCGGACUUUGUGGACUGCCCUGAGGAACACCAGGAGGGGAUGACGACCCUGUGCCGCCAGCAGGAGUCACCCUACGUGUCGGGUAUGAAGGGCUGUCACUGAGACCGGGACUGGGACUGCGACUCGGCCUGUUGUCACAGAGACGGCUGAGAUUGGGGUCGUUGUCACGGAGACCGAUGAGGGCUUGGACUGGACUCACUGGACUGGGCUGGGUUUGACUCACUUACUUCCUGAGUUUGUGGGCCAAUGGGGUUGAAUCUUCCUCAUCCUCUGCUUCCUGCUUCCUCCUUCCUCAUUUUCCCCCAGCUCUCCUCUUUUCUCGUCAUGGAUGGUUUCAGUUACAAUGCCUACUAGUUGUCUCAGUGUGACGAUGUGUUUUGUUGUUUAUGAUAUUUACAAAUCAUCACAGAAGCUUGACUUGCAUUAUGUGACUACUAGUCUUGUAUUAUAAGAAACUUUAUUAAUCAUGAUUGAUUAGAGGAGAAUGUUAAUUAUUUAUGAAUAAUAAGUUGGUUUGCUUUAUAGAUUUACAUUUAUUUCCCUAGUGUGUAAAAACAAAAAAGACAGAAAAUGAAUUUGGGCAAGAUUGUUCUUCCUAUAGAAAGCAGAGUGAAUUUAUAUUGUAUAGAAAAGGGAUAUGAUUAUGAUGUUUAUGCGAUUCUUAACACAGUAAAAUUUACAAAACUGACGGAGAAAAAAAGUUCACAAAGUUGAAUAUUCAGGGAGGAGACGGUUAAAACAUUUGAUUUGCUAUCGGUUUUGAUGUCAUAGCAUGAUAUGUCUUUCCUCUGUGAUUGGUUCACACUUCAUGUUUUGUUUGGUUUUGAUGUCAUAGCAUGAUAUGUCUUUCCUCUGUGAUUGGUUCACACUUCAUGUUUUGUUUGGUUUUGAUGUCAUAGCAUGAUAUGUCUUUCCUCUGUGAUUGGUUCACACUUCAUGUUUUGUUUGGUUUUGUUUUGUCGAAAAGCAUGCUGCAUUAUGGGAUCCCACUUAAACCUUCUGGUUCACAGGUUAUUCUAUAUACACUCUAUCUCCUUAACCCUUUACUGGUUCACUUCCUGGUUAUCAUGAGGCACUCCCUGACUCCUGACCAAUAGAAUCCCUCACAGUCACUACGGAGCUCCACCACCUGCCCUCACAUCAAAUCACUGGUUGAGGUUUACCUACUACAGAGAGGUGUGUUAUUGUUGAUUGUUCCCCGUAUAUAAAGUCCCAAGACAAUGUAGACCUGUUAUUUUCUUAUAGAAAUCAUUUGAUUUUCAUUCAAGAAAAUCACAUAUUAACCUUCACCAGAUAUGGAGAAGAGAAGACCAUACAAAUCUAUGACAUUUUCAUCAAAAACUUAAGCGUUACAUAAUCAUAUAUUUAUUUGGGCCUGCUUUUUAUCAGUUGGUGGUGUAGAUUAUAAAUAUGAUUAUCCUCUGAUUGAUAUUCAGGGAUUGAAUACAUAGUGGGUCUGAUCAAGACAAUCAAUAGUAUAUUAUUAUGCAGGCAGGUUUAAAACAUAACACGGAGUGUGUGCCAGGAAAACCGAGGAACUAUAGCAUAACGGAAUACUUGAGAUACUAACUGUUACUUACUGAAAACGAACGGGUGCUUUAUUUUUUACAGUGAUUUAAUAAACGUAGUAGUGAAGAUAUUGGGGACAGACAGACUCAUUACGACUGGUCAUCCCACCGUUCUGAUGGCAGUGGUUCCAUCUCACUCCACACAUCAGUGGCUUUACGCUGCGUCCCCAAAUGGCACCCUAUUCCCAAUAUAGUGCACAACUUUUGAAAGUCAAAAAAGAAUGCGCUAUGUGGGGAAUCGAGUACCAUUCAAUCCAGCCUUAGUUUCCCCGUUCCAUUUCCUGUUUUUUUGUUUUUAAGUUCCUGUUUUUAAUUGAAAGCACAAACUACCCAAUCUGGCAGAUUUAUACUUGGCAGAGUGAGAGUUAGAGACAGAUAUAUGAAUGGAUCUGUAACUUAACUGCCGGUGAGUCCUGAGUACCGUUAUAGACCUAAAGACGACAGCGAUGCAGUCGCAUGGCCAGGGUCUUCUGUUUUAAAGAGCUGAAUACUGGACUCUAAUAAUCAGAGGUCUUUUAAAUAACACUGCUUUGAUUAUAACAGGUGGCAACACUUCACUGUAGACCCCUUUUUAUGUAUGCAUUCGUAAAGCCUUUAUAACAGCUACAUAAGACAUAACAUCAGUUAUAUGCCGUUAUUAAGGGUAAUACAAAGGUCACAGAGCUGGAUAAAGUUGUUCUCUUUUCGUUAGUCGAGCAGCAGAUUUGUGAAUGUUAACAUUUCUUGAAUUCUCAGAAAGCUGAUCAAGGUAAAGUAAACAGAGGUGGAAAGCUGGCUGUUGAUUUCUGAGCUAAAACUGGCAAGCUCAAUUCAUUUGUACAAGAAGUGCAUUUGACUUGGGGGUCACCUACCGCAUGCAUGAUAAAUGUGUCUCUGAUCUACUUGGUCCAUACAGUCUGUGUAUCUCAUGAAAGUUUUAUAGAAACAGAUUAAUAACAAAAUGUCUAUUUGAAAUAUACAACUUUAUUGAGACGUCUGUGUUCAUGCAUAUCAUUCAGAUAGUUUUUUGCUGUGCUUUGUGCUACUACUACCGGUCAAUAAACAUACUAAGAAUAAUUGACUAUCAUUUGUAGUUCAGUCAGUAUACAGUACCUUCUAGACAUGAUGGAAUAGAUCAUUAUUUAGCAUUUCUGUUGUGUUUCUGAAGAAAUUAUUUUUUACAACUCUAGAAAUAUAUCUCUUUACUUCUCCCCAACAACAACUGUGUGUUCAGGACAACAACAGCAACAUAACGCUACUGUUUCAAUAGAUAUCUGACUUGUAAGAAAGACAAAUUAUGUAAAUCAUCGGGGGGGGGGGAAAUAUAUAUUAUAUAAAAUUGUAUAAUAUACAAAAAAAAAUAUAUGAAGUAAUGUUAUUUAUGUGAACUUAAAAGUCCAAUUAAAAGUCUGAUCAAA